CACCCGUGAAAGCAGCACCGUCUAUUUCGUAGCUUUGUUCCGCGUACUCUCGCUGUGACUCUUCCCUCGAGUGUAGCUGAUAUCAAACAUUAGCAGUAGAAAAAGCAAAGGAUACAGAUUGCAGAGAUGAGAACCGAGCUAUUAUGAGAAUCUUAAAUAACUACUGCAGAACGCAAAAUUUCUUGAGGUACUGCUUAAACUGCACUGUUCUUUCUUUGUUCUCUCUCAAAACCCUAAACCCCAAGACUCUAGACACUGUUCUGCCUUCAAAUUCACCAUGUACGAUCUCUCCUUUGUUCAAUUCCUCAUCUGGGUCAUCUUCAUUUUUCUCUUCUGAAUCAUAUUCACUUCCAAAAAGGCCAUUUCUAAGCAAUUCCUCCUCUGGGUCUUCUUCAGUUCUCUAUUCUAGAUUAUACUCACUUCAAAAGGAGCAACCUUUAGUCAGUCUGUAUUUACCUACCAAGCAUGAUUUUUUAAUCAACUGCUCAAGGUGGUCAUGUUCAAGACGCAAAAUUGGAUCAUAUUCACGCUACAAAAAGCAAUCUUUACGCUAUGCUUCAUCUCGUGGUCCGUCGUUAACCUGUUCCUCAACGCAUUCAUUUUUACAGUCUUUCGGUUUAUCGACUCUAUUCAAGCACAACUCUCACUAUGUGUUCCCGAAUUCUGGAUGUAUUCAAUGUGGGACGCAUAGAUGCUUCACAGUUGCAUCCUUCAAUGGGACAUUUGUUUCUGGUCCUGUUGCGGAGAGUGAAGUUCAGAAAAUAGCUAAUAUUUGCUCUGAUCAACAGAAGCUAGAGAAGAGGAACAAUUUCCCACGGAAAUUUGUUGUGGAAAUUAUUCAUAAUCUCAGGAACAAUGAAAAGGACCUUGAUUCUAGGUUAAAUAUGCUAUCCUCAAGAUUGUCAGUUUACUCAAUUACGGAGAUUUUUGAAGUUCUGAAUUCUCAGAGAAUAUCUGGAUUGAGAUUAUUUGAGUGGAUUUGGAGUAAUAAUCCCCAGCUGCACAAGAAUGCAUACAUUUGUAGUCUACUUAUUGAUAAUGUUGGAAGAUUAGAUGAUUAUGAAACCAUGUUCGCAUGGUUGAAGAAGUUCACAUCUGAAAACAUUUGUCUCACUUAUGAGGCCUUUGGAUUUAUACCUGUUUUGGUUUCCACCGAUUCUUCAUUAAAACAAUCCACUAAAAAGGUUGUGGAUUUGUUGAACAAAGUUGGAGGAUCAUGUCGCAAUUCCGGUGUUUCUGCAUUGGUUGAGAUGUUCUGUAAAUUGGACUUGUUCGAGAUGGCCAGGUAUGUCAUCAAAAUCACGGAGAGCAAAGAAUCAUAUUAUUGCCUUUUGGUUCGUGAGAAGUGCAGGAGAGGUCUUAUAGAAGAUGCUUAUAGUGUAAUCAGAGAGAUGGGUGAGGCCCACUGUGCCCCUAAUACCAAAGUGUAUAACUACCUACUUUCUAGUUUAUGGAAGAAUGGUAGAAUGGAUGAAGCUUCUGGACUGCUUGAUGAAAUGAAAGAAAUUGGUAUCUCUCCAGAUGCAAUAACCUUUGAGAUUCUUAUCAAUUUUGCUUGUAGUUCAGGCAACAUGGCUCAUGUCCACCAGCUGCUUGAUCAAAUGGCGUCUCAAGGACUUGAACCACGAUUGGCAACCCAUGCUUGCAUUGUCAAGACAUUAUUCGCUGCUGAGCAAUAUGAGGCAGCUCACAAACAUGUUGAUUCAAGUAUCAGUUAUAAGACCUCGAGCAAUAUGAUGUACAGCUUAAUGGCAAAGCUUUAUUGGGAAAAAGGUCAUAUUGUGAGUGCACAGAACACUCUUGUAGAAAUGAUGGAAAAGAGUCUAAAGCCAAGUUUCAGCAUUUACAUCAAAAUUGUGAAGCAACUUAGGAGAACUGGAAGAGCAAAUUUGGCAAGGGACUUGGAGAACAGGCACUCCAAGUUUUUAAUCAAGUCUCAUGCAUGAUGUUGUUAAAUCUUUUUAUAUUUUGUGCAUGAGAACAUUGGUCAAUGAGGUUAUUGGCUCCAUCACUUGGUCUUCAAUGAAUUUGCAGUUGAAGCAUAAAAUAGCUAUGAACUGUGAAAUAUCAAUUGUUCAGACAAUCAUGAAGCCGGUUGGAAGAACACCUGCUGAGCCUUCAUAAUUGAAGGUUAAGUCAGUUUUGAGACACUUUUCAGAUUUAAUGCAUACUCAUCUUUUCGCUAAUAGUAAUGCUUGUACAUUCUAUGAACUAAGGUAACAGUAUGCUUCCAGGGGAGGUUGUUUCCCACUAGGUUUUGUGCCCUCAAUUGGUUUCUUUGUUUUUCUUUUCAGUGGUUGAUUUUUCUAUUUUCCACUCCGUUAACCAACUGUCCUUGCUCAGCCUUUUCUUCUGGGCUAUAAAACACUAUUGAUAAUAUUCUACUUUUCUGCUGACCCAGUGUUCUCUGCCUUUGAACUGCCCUCAAUAUGGAAUAUCAUUGAGACAGUUAGCUGAUUCUGAAAGCUUGGCGAAUGUCAUCUGCAUUAGCGCUAGCUGGCUUGGGAAGCCUGUCAACCAAUCCCGGGAAGUUGAAUCGUGUGUCGGGACCUCUAAGUUGCAAUGCCGCAGCAUCAUAGGCCGCAGCUGCCAUCUCAGGUUCUUGGUGCGUUGUUGGGUUGGAUGGCUUUUGUGUUAGUAGAGGAGAGGGGGAUCUCGUAUAUAUAUAUACACACAUAUAUAUAUGAUGAGGGAGAAGAUGGAGCAAAAGGGCAAUGGGGGAAGAAUGUUGUUGGGUGAAGGGAGGUUCCACGUAAUUGCAUGAAAGUGGAUAUAAGUUGCAUUACAAAAUGAAGGACAUUGGUGUAAUUUGGAGAUUGUGGAAGUAGCAGUACGGAAUUGCCACUUGUCAUUCUCAAUUUGUGAGGUAUAGGGAAUCAAUUAUACAUAUGUUUGGAUAUCUAUCUUCAAAGGGUUGUAUUCAUCCU